UUUCUUACAGAAGAAUCUUAGCCGUCGGUCAAGAGAAACGAAAUUAUUACGCGUGACUCCUUGACGAUGACGCGAAGAAUUAUUGUUGAAUUAAAGCGAAUGUAAUGCUUCAGAGUGACUCGUGAACUAUUCGAAUUCUCUAGUGCGGCAUGGUUUACUCUCGCGCAAAUAGUUGUAGUAUAUGUAACAGGAUCGAUCAUGGAUUCUAGUAAGAAGUAUGACAAUCCUAAUCCAAAAUUAUCGGCGAAUUUUUUUAGUAAAUUGAUUUUUUGGUGGUUGAAACCUCUAUUUUGGUAUGGUAAGAACCAUGAUCUUGAGAUUAAAGAUAUCUAUAACGUUAUGCCAAAUGAUGUUAGUCAACAUCUUGGAGAUAAACUUGAAAAGAAUUGGAUUAAAGAAGUUAAGUCGGCAGAAGAAGCAAGUAAAAAUCCCAAAUUUUUUAAUGCUUUAAGAAAAACAUUUAUGUGGUCAUUUGCUUAUUAUGGAGGAUGGCAGUUCUUUUUAGCAGUAGUUUUAAGAGUUCUUCAACCAUAUGUAUUAGGUCUUCUUAUCUGGUACUUUGAUCCUAGAGCAACUUCCAGUACUACUGAAGCAUACAUUUAUGCUUCAACUGUUAUACUUUUAAUCUUAUUUGCAGCUUUAGUUGCUCAUCAUUCUAAUUUAGGUUUAAUGGAAGUUGGAAUGAGAAUGAGAAUAGCAUGUUCCUCUCUAAUGUAUAGAAAGAUUUUGCGUUUGUCAAAAUCCUCUCAAAAUGUUACUACCCCUGGACAGAUUAUAAACUUAAUGUCAAAUGAUGUAGCAAGAUUUGAACAGUUGUUUAUAACAUUGCAUUAUAUUUGGAUUUUACCAAUCCAAGGUGCUCUGAUCACUUUCAUGAUAUGGGAAAGUGUAGGAAUUGCAUCUUUGGCUGGUGUUUUUCUUAUAAGCAUCCAAACUAUACCUCUUCAAGGAUAUAUAGGAAAAUUGGUAUCAAAGUUAAGAUUAAAGAUUGCAGUUAGAACAGAUGAGAGAGUAAGAUUAAUGUCAGAAAUAAUUAGUGGAAUUCAAGUUAUCAAAAUGUAUACUUGGGAAAAGCCAUUUGAAAAACUUGUUAGCUUUGUUAGAAGUCAAGAGAUAGACGUCCUAACACUUGCAUCGUACUUACGAGGUUUUACUUUAGCUACUUUUGUGUUCACUGAACGUACAACGUUAUAUUUUACUGUUAUGGCAUAUGUACUUCUCGGCAAUAGUAUAUCUGCCGAUAAAGUAUUCUCGAUAGCACAAUAUUUUAAUAUUCUUCAACUUACUAUGGCGAUAUUAUAUCCUAUGGCUGUAUCAGCUGUUGCAGAGGCUCAUGUAUCUAUUAAGAGGCUUGAAAAAUUUCUUUUAUUGAAAGAAAAUAGUAACACAAUUCUACCACAACAAAACAGUGGAAAUGGCAGUAUUGUAAUGAAAAAUAUUACAGCAUCUUGGACAGAAAACACAAUUGCAAAUACGUUACAUAAUGUCAGUAUUCAAAUAGAACCUGGAAAACUUUAUGCUAUUGUUGGUUUAGUUGGUGCAGGAAAGAGUUCGUUUCUUCAAUUAAUCCUAAAGGAAUUGCAACAAUCACAUGGAGAAAUAAAAGUGAAUGGUACUGUAUCUUAUGCUAGUCAAGAAGCGUGGUUAUUUUCGGGUACAGUACGCAAUAAUGUACUUUUUGGACAGACUUAUGAUAAAGAAAAAUAUAAUGCUGUUGUUAGAGCAUGUGCUCUCAUUAAAGAUUAUCAGCAAUUUAAUUAUGGAGACAGAACUUUAGUUGGAGAUAGAGGUGCAUCACUCAGUGGUGGACAACGAGCAAGAAUUAAUUUGGCUAGGGCUGUAUAUAGAAAAGCAGAUAUUUAUUUAUUAGAUGACCCAUUAUCUGCAGUCGAUACUCAUGUAGGAAAACAUUUAUUCAAUGAAUGCAUCAAACAUUAUCUUCAAGACAAAACAAGAAUUCUCGUAACACAUCAGGUUCAAUAUUUAAAAGAUUGUGAUUACAUCAUUCUAUUGAAUAAUGGUAAAAUCGAAUGUGAAGGUACAUUUGCAGAAAUUCAAAGCAAACGUACAGAUUUUUUACAUAUGCUUUUAACAGAGGAAAAUAAGGGAGAUGCAGAAGUCACGGAAAUUAAUGAUAAUACUAAUGCUGAUAUAUCUAUUAAUUAUGGUAAUGGCAAAGACGAUGAAGAAGCAGAACCAAAAGAAACUGAAGAAUUAAUGGCUAAAGGAAACAUUUCUAAAUCUCUUUAUUGGAAAUAUUUCCGAGCCGGUGGUUCUCUUUUAAUGAUCCUGAUUUUUGUAUGCACUUUAAUUUUUGGACAGAUAGGAAGCAGUGGUUGUGAUUAUUGGCUUGCUUAUUGGACAAAACAAGAAGAAAUGAGUAUUAAACGUAAUAGUAUUAAUCAUACGCUGACAAUAUUUGAACAAAAUCACACAGUUCCGAUUUUCCCUGACAGAGAUGCAAAUAAAUUAACAAACGAAACAACUUCAUUUGAAAUGGAUGAUUUUAAUAAUACAAUCUCAGACUUAUUAUCAGUGGACAAUAGCAGUUCCGAUAAUGCUACAUGGACUAUUAAUGCAAGAUCCAAUUCAUAUUAUCUCAGUCAUGAAACUGCUUUGUGGAUUUAUGGAGGAUUCAUCAUUGCAAGCAUAGUACUGACAACAAUAAGAAAUAUCGCAUUUUAUAAAAUAUGUAUGAACGCUAGUAAAAAUCUUCAUAAUCUAAUGUUUUCCACUUUGUUAAAAGCGCCAAUGUUAUUUUUUGACACACAUCCUUCUGGUCGCAUUCUAAAUCGUUUCUCGAAAGAUGUGGGAUCGGUAGACGAAAUUUUACCAAGAACUAUGAUAGAAUCUAUCCAAAUAUUUGCAGUAAUGGUUGGAAUAUUAGCUCAAGUGCUUAUUAUUAAUUGGUGGACUGUAUUUCCAAUGCUUAUCAUGGGUUUCUUAUAUUGGCAAAUACGAAAUAUUUAUCUUAAAACUGCACAAAAUAUGAAACGUUUUGAGGGAAUUACGAAAAGUCCUGUUUUUUCCCACGUUAGUUCUUCCUUAUUAGGAUUAACAACAAUUCGUUCCGCUUGUGCGCAAAACAUGGUCCGUAAAGAAUUCGACGUUCACCAAGAUCUUCAUACUAGUGCUUAUUAUUUGACUAUAGCAACAAGUACAGCUUUUGGAUUUGCAUUAGAUAUCGUAUCUAUUUGUUUCAUUGCUUUUAUUACGUAUAGCUUCAUUGUACUUGACGAUGGAAAUACAUUUGCGGGCAAUGUAGGAUUGGCCUUGUCUCAAGUAUUAAUCUUAUGUGGAAUGCUUCAGCAUGGAAUGCGUCAAACUGCAGAGACAAUAGCACAAAUGACAAGUGUAGAACGAAUUCUACAAUUUACACAGCUCGAUAAAGAGGGACCAUUUGAAAGUGAACCUAAUAAGAAACCGUCCGCACACUGGCCUUCUAAAGGAGAAAUAAAUUUCGAUCAUUUGUAUUUACGUUACGAAGAUUCCGCGCCACCAGUUCUUAAAGAUUUAUGCUUUACCAUUAAAUCUGGCGAAAAAGUAGGAAUAGUCGGUCGUACUGGUGCCGGCAAAACCUCUUUAAUAUCAGCUUUGUUUCGUUUGACCAAACUUGAAGGUGCUAUCUACAUAGAUAAAUUGGAUACAAAGCAAAUAGGUCUUCAUGAAUUACGGCGGAAAAUUUCGAUUAUCCCACAAGAGCCUGUAUUAUUCUCAGCGACGUUGCGAGACAAUCUCGAUCCAUUUCAUGAUUUUGAUGAUAUUAGUCUUUGGGCUGCUCUCGAGGAUGUAGAACUAAAAUCAAGUGUUUCUUCUUUAGAUUAUAAUGUCGAUCAAGGUGGCGUUAAUUUCAGCGUUGGGCAAAGACAGCUUCUCUGUCUAGCUCGAGCAAUUUUAAGAAAUAAUAGGAUUCUUCUUCUUGAUGAAGCUACGGCCAAUGUCGACCCUACAACUGAUGCUUUAAUACAAAAGACUAUUCGACAAAAAUUUAAGAAUUGUACAGUAUUAACCAUAGCACAUAGAUUAAAUACAAUUAUGGAUAGCGACAAAGUGCUAGUUAUGGAUUAUGGAAAAGCUAUUGAAUUUGAUCACCCAUAUGUUCUACUCAAAAAUGAGCAAGGCCACUUCACUAGUAUGGUUAAAGAAACUGGAAAAGUGAUGUUUGAACAACUUAAGAAAGUUGCAGAAAAGGCUUAUAACGAAGUUUAUAGUAAUACAGAAUUACAGUCACUACGAGUUCUCAAUGGUGAGACAGUCAAAGAUAAUUAGAAUUUUGGUAAAUACCAAUAUUAUUCCUACUUAAAUGACUUACUUAUGUACCAUGUACUUCUUGUAAUCAAAACUUUUUAUGCGAAUUAUACACAAUAUUUUAUGUAA